AUGUGGAUAUCCGAUAGGGCUCAGUUUUUGAUUCACACAAGGGAAGAUGACAUAGCAGACCUUUACAAAGAAAACACAUUCACGAGCAGUAGUACUUGUCCUUUUUCAAUUGGAGGGAAGUCGUAUGCUGCUACUCGUAGUAAAUAUGAAGAGUCUCUUAGACAAAUAGAAGGUUACAAAGAACAGAACAGAGCUUUGGAACGUUACUUUGAAAAAGUUCAA